UGUGAUUUUAAUCAGCAGCUGCCACUGAUAGAAGCGCAAAGGUUUGUGUUGGAUUUGAGACUGCAGCACUACAGAUACUGAAGGCUUAUUUUAUAGGGGAAACAAAUGGAUCUUAACUCUUCAAAGGAUAUGAAUUUAUGGAAAGCAUUUCAAUAACAUGAUUUUUACCAGUCCUUCAUGUGUGCAUUCCUAUCUGGAUCCCACAAAGCAGGUUUAUAGUUCUGCUGGAUCAGACCAUGGAGAACUAAGGAAGCUGGAGAAGUGCUCUGUAGCUCAGGUUGAGAUUUAACCAGAGAUGGGCUCCUUUUACAAGAUUGCUUAUAUAAAGCGAAGAUAACACCAGCUGGGUUCAUUUGAAAGAGGACAUCUUGGAAAGAGCUGACGGCGCUGCUUUUGGAAUAAGACUGGAAUGAAAAUCUGAAAUAAUUAGCACCUUCCUGCCCGUCUCGUAGAUCAUUGCAAGAAAUGGUGACUCUUGCUGUUUAUCUGCUGGUCAUUUUGGCUCGAGGUCUUGCAGGGGGGCCUUGCACUCCAAAUAAAGCAGAUGUAAUUCUAGUAUACUGCUAUCCUAAAACCAUCAUUACCAGAAUUCCAGAGUGCCCUUAUGGAUGGGAGGUUAAUCAGCUGGCACUUGGAGGCAUUUGCUACAAUGGGAUCCACGAUUCAGGAUAUUACCAAUUCACAAUCCCAGACCUGUCACCUAAAAACAAAUCAUACUGUGGCACACAGUCAGAGUUCAAGAAUCCCAUAUACCACUUCUACAACUCCAUCGUCUCCAAUGACUCCUCAGUGAUUGUGAAGAACCAGCCGGUGAAUUACUCCUUCACCUGCUCAUACAAUGCCAACUACCUGGUGAACCAGGCUGCCUUUGACCAAAGGGUGGCCACUGUCCAUGUGAAGAACGGGAGCUCAGGCUCAUUUGAAAGCCAGCUGUCCCUCAACUUCUACUCUAAUGCCAAGUUCUCAAGUAUAAAGGAAGCCCCCUUUGUGGUUGAAACAUCAGAAAUUGGUUCUGACAUAUUUGCUGGAGUGGAAGCCAAGGGCUUAAGUGACAGGUUUAAAGUUGUUCUCAACAACUGCUGGGCAACCCCCUCCUCAGAGUAUUUCUACCAGAUCCACUGGCCUUUGAUCACCAAGGGGUGUGCCACGGACUACUCCAUCCUAGUGCACGAGAACGGCAAAACGAACCGGGCCACGUUCCAGUUCAACGCCUUCCGCUUCCGCAACAUCCCCAAGCUGUCCAAGGUCUGGCUGCACUGCGAGACGCACAUCUGCGACAGCGAGAAGUUCUCCUGCCCCGUGAUAUGUGACAAGCGAGGGCAGCGCGCGGAACAAACCGGAGGCGUUCUGGUGGCGGAGAUCACCGUGCGCAGCAAAGGUUUAUCCAGAUUUUACACACUCUCAGAUGUCAUCUUCCACCUACUUUUUGUGAUUGGAUUUUCUGCUGUUUUAUUAUAAAAUCAGCCCAGCUGUACUUUGUAACUUUCCUCGAUCCUGUUUGGACCUGGAC